AUGGAUGAAGUUGGGGACCCAGGACCAUCCAUAAAGAGACAUUUAACAAGUGGCACCUCAGUCGUGGAUAUAACAGGCUGGGGAGAGAACGACAGAGGGGUAUCCUACACUUUUGGUGGGGACGUAGUUCGAACCUUUCUAGAGAAACAUGAUCUUAGUUUGAUUGUCAGGGGUCACCAGGUUGUAGAAGACGGCUAUCAGUUCUUUCAGAAAAGGCAGCUGGUAACGAUAUUCAGUGCCCCGAACUACUGCGGAGAGUUUGAUAAUGCAGGGGCUGUCAUGACAGUAUCCGAAGAUCUUACUUGCUGGUUCACUAUUCUACCGCCUGACAGAACAAGACUCUACAUCAAGACACCAGGGGGUAUGAUCUGACCAAAGCCAACUUUAAAAAAUAUUUAAAAGGAAUGAUAAAGCUGUAUUCUAGAGCACCCAGUGUCGGUUUUCCGAAAUAAUUUACGUAGACCGUUAAUCAAGGACUGAGAAGAUUGGAGACCUGUUAUUCUGCAACAGCGGAUUUAAAUAUAAAGUAUGUGUUAAAAACAGCGAAACUGACCUUUGUGGCAUUUUAGAACAGAAAAGUUAAAAUUCACUGCAAUCAACUCAUAUCUAUAAUAAAGAGACUAAAAAUUUAAAAUAAACUGUAUAGCGCCAUCUAACUUUGUUAAAUGCAUUGUCACUUUAAUUUUUUAUUAUCUUUAAGAU